CCGUGACCUUUGGUUUAUUAUUUCAGACUACCUUGUCUGUUAGUCAUGCUCAUAAAUACAUUGACAACAAUUGGGAGGAAUUUACCGUACACAGAAAACAAAUGUCUUUGAAUUCAUGAUACCACCUAUACUCAUCUUCAUUAUAAGUGGAUUGGUUCUUGUGAUAGAGGUAAAGACUUUCUAAUUCUCAAUUCUUCUAUGACUGAUCUCUUGAAGUAUGCCUACAAAUACAUCACUUAAUGCACUUUUAAAUCAACUUUUAUCAGUCUGAUACAGAUAGUGAAGAGCCAGUAUUUCUCGAAAUACAACCGUUUUCAAUGCAUUUUUAUAGAGUAUAUCAUUCAAAGAAACUUUAAAGUCCCCAUCGUCAGCUAAACAGCUUCAAAUACUGUUUCGUUAAAAGAUUAACUCAAUACUGUAAACUAUUGUGUUAUUUAUUUGCUUUCACUAUUAUUUAUUUGUAUAUUGAUAACAGUACACUUCUACAAUACAGUGAAUUAUUGUUUACAAAUGUAGCCUUAGUGAAGAGUAUAAAGGGGGAAAACAAUAAUCAAGUGUUUCUAUAGAAACAGGCAUAUCUGAAGUUAUUAUAUAAAGGAAAAACUCUAAAACCUGUGGAGUUCCAAAACAACAUUUCUUAUAACAUUGUAGAUCAGUUAUGAUGCAGGGAAUAAAUGAACAUGAAGGUUUACGUAAACGCAAGUCGAUUUCAGAAUUGAAAACAAACCAUUUACAGCAUGAAGAUGACGAUGCUGGUGAUGAUAAUGUACAGUUACUGAGGAAAAAUGUGGGAAACAAGAAACGUAAUUAUGAUUAUAGAAGAUAUAAUCAAUCUUCAACAAAAUAUCUUUCCUACGUUGACAAUGUACCUUUUGCACGUCGUAAAAAGCCAGAUUCAUGGCUGAUACGCAUUACGGAAAUAUGCAUAGUAUGUGGCGUUCUGUUGCUUGGCUAUUCAGUUUACCAAUAUUCUGAUAGGAUGUAUAUACCAAUCACAAAAUUCUACGCCAAUUUAGGCAUAAAAGAGGCUCAAAAUCGUCUAAGCCAACAUCUAUUAUAUGGAGCCAAUUCUAAGGAAGAGUAUCAAGAAGCUAUGUAUUGGCUGAAAAUAUCUGCUUUAGAAAAUAAAAAUCCAAUAGCCUCGUAUAAUUAUGUCAUUGCACAUAUUAAAGAUCAUAUAAAAGACAAUUACUUGACAGUUAAUGAAGUGAAGGAUUUACUGAUGCAUGCAUCGAAGAAUGGGGUUGUAGAAGCUGAAAGCCUAUUACAACAUUGUGAAACAGCAGAAAAUCUUAGAAAAUGGAAAAACAUUGUGUUGGAAAACGAAAGUGAUGAUGAAUACACAGAUAUUUGAGUAAGAAGAAACACAUCUGUCCAUUAAUUAAACUAGUGUGUGACAUUACAUAAAAUAUUCAUUAUUAAUUGUUAAUAACUUCGCU